UCGCAUUUCAGCGGCUGUUUUCAAACGCGCGCGGUUUUUUUUUUGAUUCGCCGACGUGAAGUAACUCGAAGGGAAUGGAUUGUUGGGGGGCGGGGAAGGGCGUUUCUUCGACGGCGAAUCUGCGUGUCGAGAACGAAGGGGAGAAGCCCCUUGCCGGCGUGCGUCGCGAGUCCACGUGGGUCGCGCACGCCACCCCAGGGCCGUACCCCCAACCAUGAGCGCAGCAGCAGGAGCAGCAGCAGGAGCAGAAGCAGCAGGAGCAGCAGGAGCAGCAGCAGCAGCAGGAGCAGCAGCAGGAGCAGCAGGAGCAGCAGCAGGAGUUUCCGACAGCAGCUCGGACCAGAGCGGAGCGGCGUGCCCGGGCGGCGGAGUGCAUCCUGCGUCCACGGACGACGCAACGCACGAAAGUCCGGGGAGCGCGAGCGAAGGUGACGUUGCUGUCGGAGGAGGAGGAGGAGGAGGCGGAGGAGGAGGAGGAGGAAGAGGCGGGGAGGAGGACGAGGAGGAGGAGGAGGAGGAGGAGGCGGGUGCCGCCGCCGCCGCCGCCAAGGACGAGGUGGCCAGGCUGCGACGGUGCUCGUACGAGGGCUGCGGCGAAACGACAGCGCGCGUCGUGCGGCAGGCCGGGCAGCUCCCCGCCGGCGGCCAUCACCACGCGUGGAUGUGCAAGAAGCACAAGAACAAGACGUACAAGGCCAAGUUCAAGACCAAGAAGAAUUUCUCGGCUGGCGGCGCGGGAGGAGGCGGCGGCGGCGGCGGCGGCGGCGGCGGCAGCGGGACCAAGGACAAGAAGGACCUGGCGGCCGCCCAGCAGCGGAGGGGCACCCCCAUCAAGGAGCCGCCCGUGGGACGCAAGGUCACGCUGCUGGAGUGCGUGCUGAACCAGAAACGACAGGCCCUGUUGCGCAGCCCCGCGGUCAUGCAGACGUUGCGCGGGCACCAGCAGAGGUGCCUGCAGACCUUCGCCACCGACGUGGAGCCGCAGCCGUGACGGGACGCCCACCGUUUGCGUCGUUCGCCGGCGGCGGCGGAAGCUGCGUGCCCGCACGCGUGUUGUACGCGUGUUGUACGCGUGUUGUACGCGUGUUGUACACGUGUUGUACGCG